AUGAAUCCAGCGGUCGACAGACACCCACUCGUAGACAGUCCUCAAGAGCUGAACAGAUCCGGCGGUGCUAUCGGUGCUCAGCGUGGAGUCAACUCUUCCGAUAAAGCCUUCAGACAAUUCCGGGUCCUAUUGUGGACCAAAUACUUCGGUUCUGACGAUUGGUCUCAUCUCGACCUCAAGACAUUGAACUGUAAUUUUAGUAAUUGUUUGCUCACUGAAGACAAGUCACAACUGGAUUCAGUGGACGCCGUGUUCUUUCACUGGCGAGACACCAGUCCCUGGGAUUUGCCACAGAAGCACAUCCCCGGCCAGAAGUGGAUCAUUUAUAACUGGGAACCACCGGUCAAUACACUGGAAUUCAAGGGCAGAGCCAUUGCUGACCAAAUAGAUUGGGUUAUGAGUUAUCGCAAGGAUUCAGACAUAUAUGUGCCGUACGGGUCAGUCAUCCCAUGUGAUAAUAAGUGGCAAAAUGAGGAUCUGUUUGAUGGUAAGACUCGGAGUGUGGCGUGGAUUGUGUCCAACUGUCACUCGGAUGGCAACAGAGAGGAAUAUGUAAGGGAACUGGCUAAAUUCAUCGAUGUCGAUAUCUAUGGAAGGUGUGGUCACUACGAAUGUCCAAGAGAUGACUCGUGUCUUAAGAUGAUUACCAAAAAAUACAAGUUUUACCUCUCAUUUGAAAAUUCUCUCUGCAAAGACUAUGUGACGGAGAAGUUGUUUCGUAUCGCAGAAUACGAUAUCAUUCCGGUAGUGUACGGAUCGGCGAACUAUUCGCAAAUAAUGCCAAAGAACUCAUACAUAAAUACCGCUGAUUUUGGAUCACCUCAAGAGUUGGCGAAUCAUCUGAAGGAGAUCUCGAGUGAUAAGCAAAAGUACAACUCGUAUAUGAAUUGGAAGAAUAAUUAUUGCUCUAAAAUGACUCACUAUAAGUACUUCUGUAAUGUGUGUCACAAACUGAAUGUCAAUUCAAAACUGAAAACAAACAAACACUGGAAUAAAGAGGAUCUGAUUAACUGGUUCUAUAGGGACGCCAAUUGUCUGCACCCAACCUAUGACUUAAAAAGUUGCCUUCAAUACAAUCACUGCAUUGCCACUGAUGUCAACCCUAUCGCCAUUAAUACGGCACCGAACAAAGCCAGGUCUUCGGGAGCACUGUUUCCCAAUCAGUGUCUGUCCCCUGAGAAUUGGCAACCGUCGGCUCCAGUAGGGGGCGAUUUGAGUGUGUCCGUGACCACACACCAGGUCCUCAUUCAGUCCAACCCAUGGCAGGAAUACUCGUGA